AUGGCUAUGUUACCCACCAAAAUUGAUCGUCAAACGACGACGCCAUUUCAUUUGAAGCUCUUCUACAGAACUGGCGGCUUUCACAGACUUGAUGAAUUCUCACAACACUCCGAAUUACCACCGCACGUACAAAUAUACACAUGGCAAACGUGUAGUCUUCGCGAACUCUCCCACCUCCUCACGACCGCAUUGCCAGAUUUACUGCCCGAUCCGGCAAUUGGCACGCGUUUGGCAUUCCGAUUAAUCUUUCCUGAUACGAGAAAUGCUGGACCUGGGACUGGAGGUGGACGAUAUAUGCUGAAAGAGUUGGGCAGUAUAGUUAUUGGGGAUGGCGGACCGGGGAUUUUACCAGAUGAGGAGGAAUCUGAGAUCGUAGCUGGCGGGCCAGUGGCUGGUGCUUUGGGAGGAGAGCCAGAGAAGACUUUACAGGAUGCGAGAUUUGUGAUUGGGGAUUAUGUUUCUUGUGCUAUUCUGCCGCCCCUAGAGAAUGGGAGUGUGGCUCCGCCGCCUGGUGGUCCUCCUACGCGUGGGUUUGGUGGGGAAAGGAGGGGAGGUAUGAGUGGAGAUUUCGCUCCUCGUGGUGGCUUCGGAGGACCAAGGGAGAAUGGUUUCGGGUUUAGAGGUAGAGGAGCUCCAAGAGGUGGUGGCUUUGGUCAAGGAAUGGUUCCAUCUGGUGAGUGGAGGAGAGGGGAAAGAGUACCUGAGGGCCCAGCGGGAAGUGGUGGUGGUUUCAGAGGUGGGCGUGGAUAUGGCGGAGGUUAUGGAAGAGGAGGAUUUGGUGGAGGUGAAGGCAGAGGUAGAUGGUGA